AUGACCGCAAGGCGCCACAGGAUUGACUUUUCCCUGCGAAGACGGCGUAACGAUUUGUCGAACACGUCGUCCGGCAGUAUAUCACCACCAGUACCUGUUCUCCAGUCACCUGUCACGUUUCAAGCAUUUGCAUCAGUUAAUGUCUCCGAGGCAACACUCAAGCAGAAGAAUAAACUAGAAAGGGCACCUGUGAGGCCAUCCAUGUUCUUAGAAGAGAAGGAUGAUGAUGAGGCCCCGAUUUCUGCUCUGACUGGCGGUGCACCUCUGGAUGUCAAGCCAGCUCAUGUAGAGCGGAAGAGUGUUGAGGAGAAGCCGAUGACUCGAACGAAAAGCCAGUACUUCGAAGACGCCUUUAGCACAAGGGGUCCGUUGACCUCACCCAGAACCCAGAUCAGCCAGGAUUCGGUUGUGGUGGUAGAGAUAAAGGUUAACACCAAGGUCAAAGAAAUGGAGUCGCUUGUCUCGAACAUUUCGUCCCAUAUGGCACGCAUCUUCCAGAAAUCCGAAACACUUAUGAUGACCACUAUUCAAGAAGACGCGUGUAUCCAAUUCGGGAGAGUAAAUCUACCAGCCUACCUGAUGAAAGUCUUUGCGCUGCCAUACCUCAUCGCACCGAUAACCAACCUUCGUAGCACCAUUCUGAUCCAGGCAGCACUGCAAGAAAUCCUCCAUGUGGCUCCAAACCGAGGAGUCAUCUUAUAUAUUCCAAUUCCAGAAGAGAACUUCGCGACCAACGGAGUGACAAUGAUGGGUGAAAUUGCCCGUUUGGAGCGCUCUUCCCCAGAUCACGGCUCUGGUCUAUUCAAAACCGUCUCACGAACCAUGAGUCGGAGACUGAAAUCCACCAGCUCGCAGAGCGCGCCUAUUUCAGUUGCAACUACAUCUUCCUGGGCUUGUGGUGGCACACAGGCGCCAUCGCAGGGCAAAGAGUCACUAGCAAGUGAUGCUACGGAUAGCGAUGUCAAGUCGAAGUCAGGUACAAAAUCCAGGGGCUUCCGUCAUUUUCUUAACCGUCAAGGUUCAGAGCGGAAUGGAAAGUCCGGGGAUACGCGGUAG